AGCAUUUUCCCGAUCCCGCCGUGACGAGAACGCUGUUCUUUCAAGGAAUCACUCUCUGCCAACGGAUCUCGCCGCCAAUCACAAACGUUUGGAUUGGCGUGUUCUCUGAAAUGGAAGCCCUGGCUGAGCUUGAGCGACUUCAAAUUCAACUUUUGCAUCGGAUAGCAGAACUAGAGCUUUCCUAUCUGCCCCAACACCACCCUAUUUCAUCGUCAAAACCAAACGCCCUUCCCGCCAAUGACACCGAAGUUGAAACUGAAGCUCGCCUAUCCGCUCUUUUGCUCUCCAACGGUGUUGACGACUUCUCCUUCAAGUGGGUUCCUUCCGAUUUCUACGAUUGGCCUCUUGAAGUCAGACGUGAUGCCCUUGGCGCCGCUUCUAUCGAUCAUCUUUGCAAAAGCAUUGUUUUGGUUAAUACUCAAGCCCAGUCCGACGUUAUAGACUGUAGAGAUCGCAACAAUUCAAAGUACUAUGUUCUUAUUGUUCAGUACACUGCUCGGUUUAAUGCUGAAGCUGUUAAAAAUUUUCUGUACUCGCUCAACAAUGGGAAAAUAGCAAAAAAGAAAUUUAACUUGAGGCUUGCACCAGAAGAGACAUCAACCGGUUUAACUGGUUUUGUGCACAAUGCAGUCACUUGUAUUGGCAUGAAGACAGACAUUCCGGUGAUCUUGGAUGAAGCCAUUGUUAAACUGACUCCAGGCUUUUUCUGGUUGGGUGGUGGCGAGGUUUAUCUGAAGCUGGGGAUCAGGACAUCUCAGUUAAUUAAAUUUAUCAACCCAUUCAUUGUCAGUUGUAGCGAUAAUUGAUUUCGUUCAAAAUGAUGUAGUGCAAUACACCAUAAAUAUGCAUGUUUCAGCAAGAUGGUUCGAAGGCGAAGUGCUGUUGACAACUCCAUCGGUGAUAUGACGAGAUUUGGGUUGCGAUAUCCGCAACAGAAAUGUGAUAUGCUUUUCAGAGCAGGAUUUAUAAUUUUCUCAUCCUUAAAUUUUUUUUGGAGAUUAGAAAUGCUAGUGGCAUCGCUGCUUCACACUUUAACUUGUAUUCGUUGUGUUGUUAACAUCAUUGGAUGAUUGGCAAAAUUUAACUUCUUGUUGGAAUUUAAUUAUGGUUGUUUGAUAUUGUUGGGAAUUGUGCCUUAGAGCCAAUCAUUGUACUGUACACAUUAUUAUUUAAUAAAUUUUUUUUGUUAUCA